GCGCAUGUGCUCUUGGAAUCUCCUCUCAAAGCUGGUCUCCAUCUUUGAUACUCUUUGUGAUACCUCUGUCUGAAUACGUGUGGCCACCUCUGUCUGAACUCGCUCAGCCGUUUCUUCUCGAACUUGAGUAAGCUCAGACUGUAACUACUGGACCUAUGUUGUAAGAAUCCUGGUGGUAGAAGAGGAGGCGUCACUCAUGUCAUCCCGUCACCAAGGGAUGCCAUACUCUGCUGGAUCUUGUAAUGUAGACAUCCCUCUCAUCUGACCCUUUUUAGGAGGUCCAACCACCUCCUUUCAGAUAAGUGGAUCCCAUUCUGGCCACGAAUCCUUGUUUGGCCCAUGUUUUUCCACAUAUUUUUGGUGAGCAUCAUUUUGUUUCAAAAAUAAAAUUUUCAUUAGUUA